AGUCUCCGGUGUGGUCCGGUCCAGUCACUGUCACCGUCAGCAGCUGAUCCGAACAGAAAGAUGUCCGCAGUUUGUCUCAGCCGAAAUGUUUCGUCCAUCAAGAGUUCUGGUGUCAUGGUGAUACAGAUGGUGCGCCAUGCUCAGACUGCAGCUGCUCCAGCUCCUGAACCCAGGAUCAAGAAGUUCCAGAUCUACCGCUGGGACCCGGACACCUCCGGAGACAAACCACGAAUGCAGACGUAUGACAUUGAUCUCAACAACUGUGGUCCGAUGGUUCUGGAUGCCCUCAUUAAGAUCAAGAAUGAAAUGGACCCUACGCUCACGUUCAGACGUUCCUGCCGUGAGGGUAUCUGCGGCUCAUGUGCCAUGAACAUAAACGGAGGCAACACGUUGGCGUGCCUGAACAAAAUCGACACCAACACAAGCAAACCCACCAAAAUCUACCCACUGCCACACAUGUACGUGGUCAAAGAUCUGGUGCCUGAUAUGAGCAACUUCUACGCGCAGUACAAAUCCAUCGAGCCCUACUUGAAAAAGAAGGAUGAAGCUCAGGAAGGGAAGGAGCAGUACUUCCAGUCAGUGGAGGACCGGCAAAAACUGGACGGCCUGUACGAGUGCAUCCUCUGUGCGUGCUGCAGCACCAGCUGUCCCAGCUACUGGUGGAACGGAGACAAAUACCUCGGACCUGCUGUCCUGAUGCAGGCAUACCGGUGGAUGAUCGACUCUCGUGAUGAGUUCACUGAGGAGCGUCUGUCUAAACUUCAGGACCCCUUUUCCCUGUACCGCUGUCACACUAUUAUGAACUGCACAAAGACUUGCCCCAAGGGACUUAACCCAGGAAAGGCCAUCGCAGAGAUCAAGAAAAUGAUGGCGACUUACAAAGAGAAGAAAGCAGCGGCUUCGUGAACAUCUAACGGGCUCUAAAUCCGCUAAUAUUCCUUCAAACUGAGUGAAGAAAUGAGCCAACCACGAACUUUUACUUACAUCAGCACUUGUUCAGAUUUUAUUGAGUGUCUGCGGGUGAUU